AUGAUUAUUGCUAGAUCGAGAUUUACUGGUGCUGCUGGUAGAAGUAUGAUCCGUUCACGUAAUAUAAUGCUGUCUGUCCAAUAUGUUACGCGUUGCCACUAUACAACCAGUUUUGAACCUGCUCCAAAGCUAACUAUUCAUGAAAUAAGCCCGCAAACAGUUGAGGCCGAGUAUGCUGUAAGAGGCAAGAUCCCCAUUAUCGCUGAAGGGUUACAAGAUUUGAUCAAAAAGAAUCCAACUGAUCAUGGUUUACCUUUCAACAAGAUCAUCAAUGCCAAUAUUGGCAAUCCUCAGCAAUUGGAUCAAAAACCAUUGACUUGGUAUCGACAAGUUAUGUCUUUAUUGGAGUACCCCAAAUUGCUAGACGAACCUGCACUCAAGUUUCCACAAGAUGUGAAAAAAAGAGCAAAGUUGAUUUUGGACAAUGUUGGGUCUAUCGGUGCUUAUUCUCAUUCUCAAGGUGCUCCAUUUUUUAGACAGUCAAUUGCUGAGUUUAUAACUAAAAGAGAUGGCGGUUUGCUUCCUGCAAAUGCCAACAAUAUAUUCUUGACCGCGGGUGCUUCAACCGCAGUAUCCUAUUUAUUAGAGAUUUUGUCUCAAGAUGAACAUUCAGGCUUUCUAAUUCCAAUCCCUCAGUAUCCAUUAUAUACUGCAACUAUUACGUUAAACAAAGCUAAACCAGUUGGAUAUUAUCUAGACGAAUCUAACCAUUGGUCUACCAAUCCUCUGGAGAUUCGCCAAUUGAUUAAGGAAAAUAAAAAAAAAGGUAUAAACAUCAAGGCCUUGGUUGUGAUAAAUCCAGGUAAUCCAACAGGUGCCGUGUUAUCCCAUGAAGACAUUCACAAAUUAAUUGAUAUUUGUGCCGAGCACGGAAUCGUGUUGAUUGCUGAUGAAGUAUACCAGGAAAAUGUAUUUCAUGGUAAAGAUUUCAUCUCAUUUAAACGUGUCCUUGGUGAAUUGAUCCAAAAAAGACCCGAUUUAUAUAAAAACGUCCAGUUAGCAUCUUUGCAUUCUACUUCUAAAGGUGUUAGUGGGGAAUGCGGACAGCGUGGUGGAUAUAUGGAAUUAGUAGGGUUCAGAGAAGAAGUAAAAGACAUAAUUUUCAAAUUAGCAUCAAUCAAUUUAUGUUCAGUAGUUUCGGGCCAAGCAAUGGUUGAAUUAAUGAUCAACCCGCCUAAAAAGGGUGACGAAUCAUAUGAAUUGUAUAAAAAGGAAACAAGCGGUAUUUUUGACGACUUGAAAGAGAGAGCUAAAUAUCUUUAUGAAGCUUUUAAGGAAAUGGAAGACGUUACCGCUGAUCCUCCUCAAGGAGCAAUGUACAUAUUCCCAAAGUUGGACUUUAAACCAGCACAAUAUCAUAAAUUAUACUCAAGAGCUAAAAACUCUAGCUUACUUAUUGAUGAUAUCUACUGUAUUGAAUUAUUAGAGCAUACGGGAAUAUGUUGUGUGCCUGGAAAUGGGUUUGGUCAAAAGCCUGGAACUUAUCAUUUAAGAACCACUUUCUUACCACCGGGAAAAGAAUGGGUUGAAAGGUGGACUGAGUUUCACCAUCUAUUUGUCAACAAGUAUAAAGAUGGAACGUUUUGCGCCUGA